AUGGCGGACCAAAGUGCCGCGGUGACAGAGAGUAGAGAUCUGCACGAGUUCAGCGAUGAUGAGCUCCCGCAUGCGCCGGCGUCGCUUACUGAGCGCCGGCGAGCACAGAAAGCAAAGUUCGAAGAGUGGCUUACUAGCACAGAUAUCUUGGAGGCGCUGAAGCCGAAGGCGAAGAAUGUCGACGCUAAAGAAGCCGCUGAUGAGCAGCUUUCGAUCGAGAAACUGAUGGCCAAGCAAGGCGCCGAGAUCAUCAAAAAUCCACGAGAAUAUCAGUGGGAGCUUUUUCAGAGAGCACAGAAGUCCAACACAAUCGCUGUUCUUGAUACGGGCUCGGGCAAGACGCUCAUUGCUGUAUUACUGCUGAAAUGGAUCAUCGAUGUAGAAUUGGAACGCAGGGCAACUGGUGAGCAACCCCAAAUUGCGUUCUUUCUCGUGGCUAGCGUCACGCUCGUCUACCAGCAGCUCGCUGUUCUUCAACAGAAUCUGGAUCAUCCCGUCGCCAGGGUCUGCGGUGCUGAUGGUGUCGACAACUGGAGCAAGGCAAGGUGGAUGAAGCUGUUUGUGGAGAACAAGGUGAUAGUUGCUACUGCUGACGUGCUGCAUGCGUGCCUUGCGCACAGCUUCAUUUCCAUGAAACAGAUCAGCUUACUCAUCUUCGACGAGGCACAUCACGCGAAGAAGAACCAUGCCUAUGCACGGAUCGUCAAAGACUUCUACCUGUCGGAAGACGAAGGAAGGCGUCCAAGGAUUUUCGGCAUGACGGCAAGCCCGAUUGAUGCCAAGACAGAUGUCGUCCAGGCAGCAAGCGAGCUCGAGAGCCUGCUUCACUCUCAGAUUGCAACGACCGCGGACAUGAGUCUUGUCGAGGCGGUCAAGAAGCCGAAAGAGCACGUCUUCCAGUACGACGCCUUGCCGACCACUGGCUCAGAGACCGACUUUCUGAGAUCCAUAAAAACUCGUUUCGCCGUACCGGCAAUGUUCGACGGCAUCUGCAGGCAAAGCGUUGAAAUCUCCAGGCAUCUUGGCCGGUGGUGUGCUGAUUUGUACCUGGCCAAUGCUUUGUCUGAGCGAAAACUUCCUCAAUACGAGCUUGAGGCGGACAGGAAGUAUUACUAUCGAGACGGAGGAAAGCGGGACAGUCCGAUGCUUUCCGAGAAUGAGGACAGCAUCAGCACAUCUCGACGCACGCCCAUCGAGAUAGCAGUGGGAAGCAAUAUCUCGCAGCUUGACAAACGACAGGCGGUCAUACGCGCCAUCAUUGCAUUCGUGGAAUCGGAGCAGUCAAAGCACGCGGCAAUACGAAACGAAACUGACUUUAGUCCGAAGGUCUUGGGAUUGAAGCGGUUCUUGGCUCCAGAGUUCGAGACUCCAAGCUCGCGCCGGUGCAUAGUGUUCGUAGAGAGACGCCAUACAGCGCGGUUGCUCAGUGCGACAUUCAAGCGCUUUGGCGUGCCAAAUCUGCGGCCUGGCUUCCUCGUUGGGGCCAACAACCCGGAGAUGGACGAGGAUAACUUUACGACCCCCAUGCAAGUUCUCACCAUGGCCAAGUUUCGCAGCGGCGAGAUCAACUGCCUGUUCUGCACUACGGUCGCCGAGGAGGGAUUAGACAUUCCGGACUGCAACCUGGUAAUACGAUUCGACAUGUAUCGCACAAUGAUUCAGUACGUGCAGUCCCGCGGCCGAGCCCGGCAGCGUAAUUCAAAGUUUCUGCACAUGGUCGAGAAGGGCAACUCUGUGCAUGCCGAACUGCUCCUCCAGGUUAGAGCCCAAGAGAGAGCCAUGCGACGCUUUUGCCAAUUGCUACCAGAAAACCGGAGACUGUACGGUAACGAAGGCAUCUUGGAAACUCUGAUGACGAAGGAGAAGGCGCUUCGUACAUACAUUGAGGAGUCGACCGGCACAAAGUUAACAUACGGAAACGCGCUUGUGUGCCUCGCCAAUUUUAUCUCUUCAAUUCCAACAGACACAGACGAUAUGCUGCAGCCCACCUACAUCGUCAACAGCCACGGCGAGAAGUUCGUCGCCGAAGUACUACUGCCCGGCAACGCUCCGAUCAGGUCUGCCAUCGGCAAAGUCUGCACGAAGAAGCUUCUCGCCAAGUGUUCUGCCGCGUGGGAAGCAUGCCGUGAGUUGCGUAGGAAGGAGUAUCUGGACGAACAUCUGAUGCCAAUCUAUCAGAAGAAGCUACCCGCCAUGCGGAAUGCGCUACUGGCCGUCAACAUGAAGACAACCAACAUGUACGUUAUGAAGACGAAGCCCUCUAUGUGGGAGCAGACAAGAGGCACGCUACCAUCCAAGCUAUACGUGUCGAUGAUUGACUUUCCAGAUGGCCUGGAGCACCCCAACCGACCGCUUGCGUUGCUCACACGGCCUCCAAUGCCGCACUUUCCGGCCUUUCCAGUCUUCUUGACUGACGGGCGCCCUUCAAGCGUGCGAUCUUCAGUUUUCGAUCAACCUAUCGGCGUCAACGAGCAACAGCUCGACAAACUGUCAGCUUUCACAUACCGCAUCUUCAAGGACGUAUUCUCCAAGACGUACGACUACCAGCCUGCACAUUUAUCGUAUUGGCUUGGACCGGCCAAAGCGGGCCUCGAAUUAAGCAAAAUGAGUGGUAACGCUCAGAACUUCGAAGCGAGCAACGCCAUAGACUGGGCGCUAGUUGAUGAGGUGUUCACGCACGAGGAAUACAAGUGGACGCCAGGGGCAGACUCAAACUUCCUCGUGGACAAGUUCGUCGUGGAUUCGUGGGACGGCAGCCGCAAGUUCUUCUCCAUCGCUGUUUGUCGGGAUAUGAAGCCCCUGGACCCUGUUCCGCCGGACACAGCGAAGGCCAAGUGGGAUGCGAACAUCUUGGAGUACAGCAACAGCCUCUUCAAGCAGGCUCGAGCACGCCGAGAGGGCACCUGGAACCUUGACCAACCCGUCCUUGAGGCUGUAAAGAUCCUGCUUCGUCGGAACAUGCUGGCUACACCAGAGAAGAAGGAGCUUACCCUCCGGACGAAAGCCUUCCUCUGUCCCGAGCCUUUGCGCAUCUCUGCAUUGCCUCCAGCUGUGGCGACCUCCUGCUUUGCCUGGCCAGCGAUUAUUCACCGCCUAGAAUCAUAUCUCAUAGCGCUUGAGGCUAGCAAGAUGAUCGGCGUGGACUGCUCACCUCAGAUGGCGCUCGCAGCAAUGACGAAGGACUCCGACAAUAGCGGUGACCAUGACAAGCAGGAACAUAUCAACUUCCAGCAUGGCAUGGGCGAAAACUACGAACGUCUCGAGUUCAUCGGCGACACGUUUCUGAAGACCGCCACGUCCAUCUCAACGUUCAUUCAGAACCCGAACGACAAUGAGUUCGAGUUUCACGUCAAACGGAUGCUGAUGCUGUGCAACCAGAACUUGUUCAACGUGGCGAAGGAGCUGAAGCUCUAUGAGUACGUCAGGAGCAUAGCAUUCUCUCGACGACUCUGGUACCCAGAAGGCCUCAAGCUGCUUGAAGGCAAAGGCGCGAACAAGCAGGAAGAAACGUCCGUUAUCAAGCACUCCCUUGGCGAGAAGACGAUCGCAGAUGUAUGCGAAGCUCUCAUUGGGGCCGCAUAUGUCACGCAUGAUCGGCCCGGAGACCAGUGGCAGCCGAGCCACUGGGAGAACGCUGUCCGUGCCGUGACAAGGCUCGUCAACAGCGCCGAUCAUACAAUGUUGACGUGGAGUGACUAUAUCGCCGCUUACGAGAAGCCAUCGUAUCAGACUGGCGAGGUGUCUGCUUCGCAACGUGAUCUGGCGGAGAAGGUUGAGCGAGAGCACCCGUACCACUUCAAGUACCCUCGAUUGCUACGUUCAGCAUUCAUACACCCGUCCCAGCCGGUUAUGUACGAGAAGGUACCAAACUACCAGCGGCUGGAGUUCUUAGGGGAUGCACUGCUGGACAUGGCAAGCAUCGCGUAUCUCUUUCACCGCUACCCUGAUAGAGAUCCACAGUGGUUGACGGAGCACAAGAUGGCAAUGGUCUCGAACAAGUUCUUGGGUGCCGUGUGCGUUAACGUCGGCUUCCACUUACACCUUCGCCACAGUUCUGCUAUACUGCAGCAUCAGAUCGCCGACUACGCUAUCGAGUUGCUAGAGACGAAGCGGGUAGCUGGUGAUGCCAAAGACUACUGGACGACCGUCUCAGAUCCACCCAAGUGUCUUCCCGACAUCGUGGAGGCGUAUGUGGGAGCGGCCUUCAUCGAUUCAAAUUUUGACUACAAUGUAAGCAGCACAAUGGGUAACUUCACACACAAUCUCGUCUGGGAUGCAGCUAACCUUGCUACCAUCAACGUUCAGGUCGUGCGAGAUUUCUUCGACAUGCACAUCAAGGGCUACUUCGAAGACAUGAGCAUCUACGAUACCUUUGCGAACAAUCACCCGUGCACGCAUUUGCACAAUCUCCUCCAGCAGACCUACGCGUGUCAGGAGUACAGACUGAUGGCGAAGGAGCUCCCAUCCGUUGACACGGUGGACAGGAAGGACGUGGUGGCGGCAGUGAUGGUGCACGAUGAGGUCGUAGCUUUCAGCAAAGGCAGGUCUGGGCGGUACGCAAGAUUGAGGGCGGCACAAAUGGCAAUUGAGGUGAUCGAUGGAUUGGCGCCAUUUGAGUUUCGUAGUCGAUUCGGGUGUGAUUGUACGUUGAUGGAGACUGCUGAGAAGGAGACGGUGAACAAUGCAGCGCAUGCUGAUUGUAACGUCUGAUAGUGCGCGGUUGGUUGGUGCACUCGGCACAGCCUGCCAUGUGAUGGCGUGCUUCGCGCAUAAGCUCAAGCCGCAAAACUUAACAACGAUGGCACUCCGGCUGAGGUUCCUACUGGGCAUGGUUUUGCCUCGGCAUGCACGACCUUGGCCGCUGAGACAGCCAUUCAGAGUCUCGGCGUCAGUCUUCGCAAAGCAAAGUCUAGCUUGGGACACGGUUUCUGCGAUUCGUGAGGAUGUUCAUCAGUUCUCUUUCGUUCGGGAUCUCGUAUCCAUUGCAUUGCAACGAAGGAAGCCUGACCGGAAAUUCCGCGCUACCAGCAUCCACACUCGCAUUUCAUCCUUAACGCGGGCACACUACAGGCGGCCACCGCCGUGAUCAACGAAACGCAGGUGCAAUAUCGCUCGCCUUAACCGUCGUAAAAGCCAAGUGAAGGUCGAUACUUCCAGGUUCUCCCUCACUGCAACAACACAAAGGGUCGAAUUUCUG